CAAGAAGGAGCUUAGACGAAAGGACAGCGCCAGAAAGGCCACGCAGAUCCGCGGAGGAAACCCCACAUCCACACCAUCCACACACAAAAACCCACAGAAACAGACAUCCGAAAAUGGAGCUGCGCGUGGGCAACAAAUACCGCCUGGGCCGCAAGAUCGGGUCGGGAUCGUUCGGGGACAUCUACCUGGGCACCACGAUCAACACGGGCGAGGAGGUGGCCAUCAAGCUGGAGUGCAUCCGCACCAAGCACCCCCAGCUGCACAUCGAGUCCAAGUUCUACAAGACGAUGCAGGGCGGCAUUGGGAUACCGCGCAUAAUCUGGUGCGGCAGCGAGGGCGACUACAAUGUGAUGGUGAUGGAGCUACUUGGGCCCUCACUGGAGGAUCUCUUCAACUUUUGCUCGCGCCGCUUCUCGCUGAAGACGGUUUUGCUGCUCGCGGACCAGAUGAUCUCCCGCAUCGACUACAUCCACUCGCGGGACUUCAUUCAUCGCGACAUCAAGCCCGACAACUUCCUCAUGGGCCUGGGCAAGAAGGGCAACCUGGUGUACAUCAUUGACUUUGGCCUGGCCAAGAAGUUCCGGGACGCCCGAUCGCUGAAGCACAUUCCGUAUCGGGAAAACAAGAACCUCACGGGCACCGCCCGCUACGCAUCCAUCAACACACAUUUGGGCAUUGAGCAGUCGCGUCGCGACGACCUGGAAUCCCUCGGCUACGUGCUCAUGUACUUCAAUCUGGGCGCCCUGCCCUGGCAGGGAUUAAAAGCGGCCAACAAGAGGCAGAAGUACGAGCGGAUCUCGGAGAAGAAGCUGUCCACCUCGAUUGUGGUGCUGUGCAAGGGCUUCCCCAGCGAGUUUGUCAACUAUCUGAACUUCUGUCGCCAAAUGCACUUCGACCAGCGUCCCGACUACUGCCACCUGCGCAAGCUCUUCCGCAAUCUAUUCCACCGCCUGGGCUUCACCUAUGACUAUGUGUUUGACUGGAAUCUGCUGAAGUUCGGUGGCCCACGCAAUCCCCAGGCCAUUCAGCAGGCGCAGGACGGCACGGACGGCCAGGCGGGACACGAUGCGGUGGCCGCAGCAGCGGCGGUGGCAGCAGCAGCGGCCGCCUCCUCGCAUCAGCAGCAGCACAAGGUAAACGCCGCUCUCGGCGGCGGCGGCGGAGGAGGCGGUGCAGCGCAACAGCAACUCCAGGGCGGCCAAACGCUGGCGAUGCUGGGCGGAAAUGGAGGAGGCAACGGCAGCCAGCUGAUUGGCGGCAACGGACUCAACAUGGACGACUCGAUGGCGGCCACCAACUCGUCGAGACCGCCCUACGAUACGCCCGAGCGUCGUCCCUCGAUACGGAUGCGCCAGGGAGGCGGCGGAGGAGGAGGCGGCGGCGGCGGAGUGGGCGUGGGCGGCAUGCAGGGCGGCGGCGGAGGCGGUGGCGUGGGGAACGCCAAAUAAUAUUUUAUCGUUUAGGUUGCGACGCUGGACACGACACAGUAGUAGACAAACAACAAGAACAGCAGCAGCAGAACUCGGCAAGAAACAACUAUACAUGUAGAAUAUAUUAUAGCUAUAUAUGCGGUAAAACAUGUUGAAUGUAUCCAAAAGAGCGGGCAGGUGGAUCAGAUCCCUGCCAGAAACGGAGGAUAAUAAGGAGCAGGAGAGAAAGAAGAGAAAAGGAUCAGCAGAGCAGAGCAACGCAGCAAAGCAAGGCCUUUCUUUUUUUUUUUGUGUACAUUUUCGUUUUGUUUUUUGACAUUUUUGGUUUCUGCUCCCAGAUGUUAGAACGUUGGGCGCGCCUAUUAUUAAUUAACUAGCCUAUGAUUAAUUUAAUUUAUACUAUUAGAACAUAAACGAUUGCAACUUGGCUGCAAGAAACUGCAA